AUGAGUGAAAACAAUAGAGAAGCUAAACAUGGUACCAUUUAUCGAGUAUCUGGUCCAUGUAAGUUUAUAUAUCUGAUUAAAUCAUACAUCAUUAAAAUCUCAACAUUUUAUUUAUAUAUAGUGGUUAUUGCCAACGAAAUGCCUGGAACCAAGAUGUUCGAGCUUGUAAAAGUGGGUCAUAAAAACAUAAUAGGAGAAAUCAUUCAAAUCGAUGGUGAUUCUGUAUAUAUUCAAGUUUAUGAGGACACAUCGGGAUUGCGUGUCGGAGAUCCAGUUAAAAACACUGGAAAACCAUUAUCGGUAGAACUAGGCCCAGGCCUACUGGAUUCUGUUUUCGAUGGCACACAAAGGCCACUCAUACAAAUUAGAGAUGUAUUCCAAAAAUACUAUGUACCAGUGGGAGUGAACCUGCCACCCCUAGAUAGAAAAAGAUUGUGGAAAUAUGAACCAUCGCCAAACUUCAAAGUGGGAGAUCUAAUCACAGGAGGAGAUAUUUUCGGAACUGUGUACGAAACAGAGAUAUUCCCAAACCACCACAUAAUGCUUCCACCAAAUCUGAGCGGUAGAAUUACUUUCAUGGCGCCGUCCGGUGAGUACACAGUCGAGGAAAAACUGCUGGAACUCGAAUACCUAGAUAAGAAAAUAACGUGUAAUAUGUAUCAAAUCUGGCCUGUCAGACAGCCUAGACCAAUUCUUAAGAAAAUUCAAGGGACUGAACCUCUACUGACGGGUCAAAGAGUUUUAGAUUCAUUGUUUCCAUCAGUUAAAGGUGGAACCUGUGCAAUACCAGGAGCAUUUGGAUGCGGAAAGACGUGUAUUUCACAUGCGCUGGCAAAAUACAGUAAUACCGACGUUACAGUAUAUGUAGGAUGCGGAGAAAGAGGAAAUGAGAUCGCUGAGGUCCUUAAAGAGUUCCCCCACCUUACCACCAGAGUUAAUGGCAAGGAUGUUCCCAUCAUGGGUAGAACAUGUCUGGUGGCAAACACGUCUAACAUGCCAGUUGCUGCAAGAGAAGCAAGCAUUUAUACAGGAAUCACAAUUUCGGAGUAUUUUAGGGAUAUGGGCUUUAACGCGUGCAUGAUGGCAGACUCCACAAGUAGAUGGGCAGAAGCCCUGAGAGAAAUAUCUGGUCGUCUCGGAGAGAUGCCAGCAGAUUCUGGUUACCCUGCAUACCUUUCUUCUAGAUUAUCGGCUUUUUAUGAAAGAGCAGGUGUUGCACAAUGUUUAGGUUCUUCAGAUAGAACCGGCUCAGUAACAAUCGUGGGAGCUAUAUCACCACCAGGUGGAGAUUUUUCUGACCCCGUGACUUCCGCAACAAUGUCAAUAGUCCACGUAUUCUGGGGACUGGAUAAAAAAUUGGCCCAGAGAAAGCACUUCCCCUCAGUAAACUGGACUAACUCAUUUACAAAGUACGACAAGGUCCUUGAGACAUACUUCGAGGAUAAAAUGCCUCGAUUCGGCUACCUCGUCACGAACAUCAAGUCGAUACUGCAGAAAGAGUCAGAGCUGUCGGAAAUCGUACAACUUGUAGGAAAGGAUUCACUUUCAGAAGAUCAAAAACUGUGUUUAGAGGUGGCAAAGAUUAUCAGAGAGGACUUUUUACAACAGAACUCAUUCACAGAUUACGACUUCAGGUGCCCUCUCUACAAAACGUUUGGGAUGAUGGACACCAUAAUCACGUUCUAUAACGAGUGUAUCAAAGUUAUAAACGACUCUACAAAAAGAGGUAACCCUAUUGGAUGGAGUUCGAUCUACAACAUCAUGAGGGAAUCAGUAAACAAGAUCACCAGAUUAAAGUUCACAGAUCCUAUGUUAGAAGAGGAAGAAUACGCUAAAAUAUUUAAAGAUUUACAUGAAGAAAUUGUUACUGGUCUCCGCUCAAUGUUAGAUGUAUAG